AUGGCCCCUUCGUCGACAGAAGCCACCACCGGCAGCCACUAUCACAGUGCCAUGGUGGACAUCCAACGUGAAUUGCGGCGUCCCAAUACCCAGCGCAGGGUCUUCUCCUUGACCCAAACCACCCCUACCGAUCUGGUUCGCUCGAAGCUCUCCACCACCGAAAUCCAGUCGCGUGCCAUCUCCUCCCUUCCUGAUGACCUCCUCGCCAACAUCCCCGAAGAUUCCAGCUCCUACUCUCUGUUUGAAGGCUUCCAGGCGUCCCAAGACGACCAUGAAUAUCGAAAAGUCCAUCGACGGCGUAUUUCCAAGGGAAAAAAGCUACUGAAAGACGGCGAUGCUCGGGCCGCCCUUCCGUCCACUCCGACCGACUUGAAAAAGGACCGGGACAUUCUCAGCCGCCGAUUGGAUCUCAUGGGGGUGCGGAAGAACAUGUGUAGCUCCGAAAUCCACGAAAUCGACAACAAAAUCGCCAAUUUGCACAAUAUGCGAAAAAUUGUCUUGGACCGCUUGGCGGGCCUGGAGAUGGAGGAAGCCGAGUUAGAACAUGAGCUGACGGAGCUCGAUAAUAAGCUAGAGGAUCUUCAGGAAGAACAACCGGAAUCCCAGGCCGCCGUGGCGACUCCCAAAUCGUCCGAGGCCAAUGAAGAUUCCUUCGUCUCCGAGGAUCCCGCGAUGGAUGCUUCUUUCAUGUCCGAGUCAAUCUACCAGAAGAUGUCCUCUCCGAAGAGCAUCAAGCAAAGAUCAAUAAGAAAGCGAUCUAUGCCGAUUCUGCACGAGCACUUUGCGCCAGGAUCGCAGAUCAAGGAGAUGCCCGCGCAUAAUGACAUGGUGACCGCCAUCGAUUUCGACUUCCCAUUCGGCACGAUGGUCAGCGCAGCCUUAGACGAUACCGUCCGUGUGUGGGAUCUGAACGUUGGGCGCUGCACCGGACUUUUGGAAGGCCAUAAUGCAUCCGUCCGGUGUCUCCAGAUUGAGGAUAACAUCGUCGCAACGGGUUCAAUGGAUGCUUCUGUUAAACUGUGGGAUUUGAGCCGGGCCCGAUCCGUCACUCGCGAUGGGCGUGUCAACAAGGACGACGAGGGCGAGGACACGGCGGACGAUGCUCAUGAGUUAUUCCAGUCGACAACCUUGGAGGACUGUUACGUGUAUUCUCUGGACGCGCACGUGGACGAAGUCACGGCGCUCCAUUUCCGCGGCGAUACCUUGAUUUCUGGCUCUGCGGAUAAGACCUUACGACAAUGGGAUCUCGUGAAGGGUCGUUGUGUGCAGACAUUGGAUGUUCUCUGGGCGGCUGCCCAAGCUUCGACUUUGGGCGGCGAUACGCAGUGGCGGCCGUCUGGACGACUACCCGACGCCUCGGCCGACUUUGUCGGCGCCCUGCAGUGCUUCGAUGCCGCUUUAGCCUGCGGAACUGCGGACGGAAUGGUCCGUCUUUGGGAUUUGCGUAGUGGUCAAGUCCAUCGGAGUCUGGUCGGCCACACCGGUCCUGUGACAUGCCUCCAGUUUGACGAUGUCCAUCUGGUGACUGGAAGUUUGGACCGCAGCAUUCGGAUCUGGGAUCUCCGAACUGGAUCGAUCUAUGACGCAUAUGCGUACGAUAAGCCGGUCACCAGUAUGAUGUUCGAUUCCAAGCGAAUCGUCGCCGCUGCGGGUGAGAACGUGGUGAAGGUUUACGACAAGGCCGACGGACACCACUGGGAUUGUGGCGCAGGCGUAGGAGCAGAUGCAGAGGGCCCCUCCCCGGCAACAGUCGAACGGGUCCGGCUGAAGGAUGGCUUCCUGGUCGAAGGCCGCAAAGACGGAAUCGUGUCGGCAUGGACAUGUUAG